UGAAUUUUAAUAACUAUCGAUUUACGACUUCACAAUGUAAAUAAUUAUAAUUUUAAAUAAUAUGAAUUAAACUGACCCUGAUUAUAUACUUACAGACCAUAGUUUUGCUUCUCAGUUGGUUUUCGAAAAUCAUCAAUAUUCCUCCCUUACUGAUUUCUGCUACUCACACAAUGGCUAAACUCACUAUUCAACUAUUACCGCAGACAAUUAAUGUAGCCAAGAUUUAUUGAGUAAAGGGGAGAAUAAGUGACCAACCAAGUUCUUACAGAGUUCUUGGAUUUUUUUUAGUUUUGUGAUUAUAACUGUAUGAUGUAAAUAGUGGAAUAAUAUUUCGUAUAAUUAAUUGGUUUAAAACUGUUCAUUAAUAUAGUUAUUUAGAAUACACAUUCAUCUACCAUUAUGGAAUAAAUCUAUUGGAUUCUUUUUAUUUUCUAUAUUUUAUUCAGAAAUUACAAUUAUGGAAGACACUUCUUACACAAAAUUGUCCAUUGAAAACCAAUGUAUUCACCAAUCGUGGAAAGCCAGAAUAAAUGGUUAUGAAGAAGCUAUUAAAUUAUUUAGACAAUUAGAUGAAAGAGCUCCUGAAUGGGAUAAAUUUUCAGAAAUUAUAAAAAAAUUUGUUAUUGAUAGUAAUGCGAUUGCUCAAGAAAAAGGUCUAGAAGCAGCAUUGGUUUUUGUAGAAAGUGCUGCAAUUGCUGGACGAACGGCUGGAGAUAUGAUGGUUGGAUUGAUAACAAAAUGUUAUGGAGCUCCAAAAGUGAAAACUAAAGAUAUAGCGAUUAAAAUUACAUUAAUGUUUAUUGAAAUUGAGAAACAAGAUGUUGUAAUAGAAGAACUAGUAAAAGGAAUGGAUCAUAAAUUUCCUAAAAUUAUUUCAACUUGUAUUAGAGCUGCUACACAAGCAAUAAAGGAAUUUGGAUCAAAUGUAUUGAAUAUUAAGCCACUAUUAAAAAAAUUACAAUUCAUUCUUGAAGAUAGAGAUAAAACUGUUAGAGAAGAAGCAAAAUUGUUAGCCAUAGAAAUAUAUUCAUGGAUUGGACCUAUCCCUCUUAAAGUUAAUUUACCCAAUUUAAAACCCUCACAAAUUCAAGAAUUAAAAGUAGAAUUUGAAAAACAAUGUGAUCAUAAACGUCAACCAACACGUUUCUUGCUUUCUCAUAAAAAACAAGCUGCUAAAAUGGAAAAAAUAGAAGCUGCUAAUGGAAACGUGAUGUUGGAUAAAAGUAUUGAAGAUAUUUAUGAUCCUGAAGAUCAUAUUGAUCCAAUCAACAUACUUUGCCAGCUUGAUAAUAAUUUUUAUGAAAAGCUUGAAUCUAAAAAAUGGCAAGAACGCAAAGAAGGUAUUGAUAAACUUGAAGGAAUAUUAGCUAAUUCUCUAAAAUUAGAAAAUGGAGAUUAUAGAGAUUUAGUGAGAGCUUUAAAGACCAUAAUUACAAAAGAUACAAAUGUAGUAAUAGUUAGUAUUGCUAUCAAAUGUUUGACAAUGGUAGCUAAUGGAUUAAAAAAACAAUUUGAAGUUCAUGCUUCUGCUUGCAUACCAAUUUUAUUAGAGAAAUUUAAGGAAAAAAAACAAAUUGUGGUUUUGGCCCUACGUAAUGCCGUUGAUGCAAUUUAUUUAAAUAUAACACUUGAAUCUAUUCAUGAAGAUAUUUUAAAAGCACUAGAUAACAAGAAUCCAACCAUUAGAGCUGAAUCAGUUUCAUUUUUAGCUCGAUGCUUUAAAAAAUGUACAUCAACAGAUUUAAAUAAAAAAAUGUUGAACAUUUUUACUACAAAGCUAAUAAAAACAUUAACUGAAUCUGAUCCAAUUGUUCGAGAUAAUUCAGCUGAAGCACUUGGUAUUGCUUGGAAGGUUGUAUCAGAAAAAAAUAUUAUUUCAUUGUUGACCAGUGUUGAUGCAAUAAAACUUGCAAAGAUUAAAGAAGCAGCAGAUAAUGCAGUUAUUACUUCCAAACCGUUAAGUGAGAUAAAACCGGAAACAAAACCUGUUAGUAUUUUACCGAGUAAUGUAGAAAAAAAAGUACCAGCAACUAAUAAAAAUGCAGUUGUUAAAAAAAAUCAUACCACUAUAAAUGUUUCUAGAAAAACUAUUGCUAAUAAAAGUAAAUUCAAAAAACCUACGGGUGCAUCGGAUGGCCGUAAAGGGUUUCCAUUAAAAGGUUGUACUACGACUAAUUUUAGUAGAGAAAUUGGUGACGAUGAAUUGGAAAAUUUAGCUUUAACAUUCUGUUCUCCUGAAAUAUUAAAUGGUAUGAUUGAUACAAAUUGGAAAACUCGUUUAUUAAAUGUUCAAGCAUUUUCUGAGAUAGUUGAUCAAAUGGAUUCAGCUGCCAUUAGUGGUCAAGUAUUAAUAAAACUAUUAAACAAAAAACCUGGUAUUAGAGAUAAUAAUGUACAAACACAACAUUUGAGACUUGAGUGUUUAAAAAAAAUUAUUGAAAAAUUUCCUAUUUCCAGUUGUUACAUGGAUUGCUGUAUUCAAGACGUUGCUUCCCUGUUGGGUGAUAGUAAAAAUAAUAAUUUAGCAUGUCAAAUAUUAACUGCUCUUGCUGAAGUCACUAGACUAGAUUUGAUCUCUAAUACAGUGUUAAUGUAUGCAUUCACUGAACAGAAGAUUCCAAAAGUCCAGGUUGAUGCCUUGAAUUGGGUUUCAGGUGCUAUCUUAGAGUUUGGAUUUAUUAUAGAACCUAAAUCAUUAAUACAACAUAUCAAAAAAGCUGUGAGUGCUUCUAACUCACUAGUUAGAAUUGCUGCUAUCUCUGUUCUGGGUGUUUUAUAUCUCUACAUGGGAUCUCAGUUAAUGUUAUUUUUUGAAAACGAAAAACCAAUUUUAGUACAACAAAUAACUGCAGAAUUUGAAAAGCAUCAAGGAAAAGUUCCUCCCAAACCGAUCCGUGGAAAUAAAACAAAAGGAUCUACUGAAAAUUUAGAAAUGUCCAGCGAUGAUGAACCAGUUAAUAAAAUUAAUAUACAAGACAUUGUACCAAGAAAAGAUAUAACUCCUUAUAUAACUGAUGCAUUGAUUAACGAAUUUUUAGACAGAGAUUGGAAAGUUCGUUCUAAUGCUUUAACCAAAUUUCAAAAUAUAAUUGCUGAGGCCAAAUUUAUUACUAGCGAUUUGGGUGGAGCUAGAGAAGCUCUGAAAGAGAGGAUAAGUGAUUCAAACGCUCGCCUUAGUUCGAAUACAAUUAAUUUGUUGGAAUUAAUAUCAAUAGCUAUGGGAUCAUCUUUUAAAAGUUAUAUAAAACUAUAUUUACCUGGUGUGUUAACCGCAUUAGGUGAUCCAAAGACAUUUAAAUGUCAAAGUGCUCGCCAAUGUAUGAAUACUUGGGCAGAUGUAUGUGGUUAUCGAGAAUUUUUUGGAAGUGAUAUACUUUUAGAAGCAUUGAAAAAUAAUUCCGUUACACUACGAUCAGAGUUAUGGAUGUGGCUUGCAGAAAAACUACCUCUUAUUUCUCCUAGGACAAUUCCAGCUGAUGAUUUAAAAUGUUUGCUACCAGUUCUUUACUCAAAUCUUGAAGAUAGAAAUGGAAGUGUUCGUAAUAAUGCUGAAUCAGCUAUAAUUGGGUUUAUGAAGAAUAUUGGUUAUCUUACUAUGUAUCAGGAUUGUGAAAAAUUAAAGUCCUCCAUGUCAGUCAAGUUUUGCAGAGAAAAAUUAGAUGAAAUAAGACCUAACUUACCAGCUUCACCAAUAAUUGAAAACCAUAAAGUUGUAAAAUCGAAUGGUCAUGCAGGUUCUAUAAAAUCAAAAGGACCAAAGAUUAUUUCAAAAGCUAAUACUAAAGAAAAUGGUAUUCCGCAAGUAAAUACUGCUAUUGAUAAAAAGAAAGAAGAAGAUGAAAAUAUACCGUUGUUUCAACAUAAUAAUUUAAAGCAUCAACGUGAUAUUGAUGAACAUAAAUUAAAGUCUUUGAAAUGGAAUUUUACUUCACCUCGAAACGAAUUUGUUGAGCAACUUAAAGAUCAAAUGUUAACAGCUGGUGUUAAUAAGCAUGUUAUUACAAAUAUGUUUCAUUCAGAAUUCAAAUAUCAUCUCAAAGCCAUUAGUUUGCUUUCAGAGGAUUUGACAAGAGUAGAUGAUAAUAAUUUAGCUUUAAUCAGUAAUCUUGACUUGAUAUUGAAAUGGUUGAGCUUAAGAUUUUUCGAUACUAAUCCAUCAGUACUUUUGAAAGGCCUAGAAUACUUGCAACGCAUAUUUGAUAUUCUUAUUGUAAAAAAAUAUAUUCUUCACGAUACUGAAGCUUCAAGUUUUGUCCCAUACUUGGUUACAAAAAUGGGUGAUUCAAAGGAUACAGUGAGAAAUAACGUACGAGCCAUAUUAAGACAAAUUGCAUUCAUAUAUCCAAAUGCAAAAUUGUUUCAGUAUAUUAUGGAUGGAGUAAAAUCAAAAAACUCAAGACAGCGUUCAGAAUGUUUGGAUCAUUUAACUAACAUGGUAGAUGAUUAUGGUACAUCAAUUUGUCAACCUAGUAUUGCGGUAGCAUGUAAAGAAAUUGCGAAAAGUAUUGGAGACAGAGAUAACGGUGUUCGUACAGCAGCAUUAAAUUUUUUUGUUGCUGCAUUCUUUGUGCACGGAGAAGCUCUAUUAAAAUUUGUUAACAGCAUACCUCCAAAGGAUAUGGGUCUUUUGAAAGAACGAUUAAAAAGAGCUUCAAAAAAUCGAAUUGUGCCUGUAGCCACCAUUCAGCCAACCAUGAAAACGGUUGAACCUCCUGUUCAAGAUAUACCUGAUGUAAAGAAUGCCAUUGAUGAUGAUGAUGAUGAAUAUAUUUCUGCUGACGAAGAACAUCAUGAGAUGAGUAUUGUUUCACAGGAAUCCAGUCAUGAAGAUAGUCCUCAAAAAUCCUCUAAUGAUUCAAAUUGUGAAUUAGAAACUUAUCAGUCUGAUAGAACAGAAAAUACCGAUGAAAAUUUGGUAGAUAAGGGAUUUAGAUCGAAAAGUGAAGUUGGUCAUAAAUCUCCUCAAGCAACUCGUUUUACAUUAGACGAGAAAUUUAUGGUAGACUUGGAAGCAGAAGUAAUAACAAAACCACAAUUAGUAUUAUUACCUUACAAUUGGCCUACAGAGGAUAAUAAAAUCAAUUUUGGAAAAAUGACUCAAGAUCAAACAAAAUUAUUGGAAAAUAUGCCGACAACCAAACCAUGUUUAAAUGUAAACCCGUACAGUACUAAAGCCAUAUCAAAACGUCCCAUUAAUGCAACAAAAUCUUUCGAUCCAGUUCAGCAGUUAAUUAAUCAAGUAACAUCACAAAAUAUAGAAACUUCAAACACAGCACUAACAAAACUCGAUGAAAUGCUUUUGAGUUCCAAUGCAAGAUCAAGGUUUUUAAAUGAAGGAAAAUUAUCAUUGCUUUUUUAUGCAAUCAUUAAUCAAAUUGAUAUUUUAUUUGAAUCUAAUGGCAUUGUAACCACUAUCUGUUAUAAAAAUGUGUUCAAUUUGUGUUUCAAUCUUUGCAAGUAUCAAGAGUUCAUAGGAGCUUUGAAUGAACAAAUUUUAUGCGAUUUGCUUACAAAGUUAUUGUUUAUACUGAGUGUAACCAGUCUAGAGAAUAAUUCCAGCACACAACAGUUUGGACGAUUCGCCAACAGUAUCAUUAUGUGUAUCUUGGAAAGAUCUUCUCGUACUACAAUCAUAUGUGCUCUCUUGUCCAUGCUCUACGACACAGUUAAAUAUCCACAAAACUCUACAGCAAGUCAUAAAGAAUUGCUAAUGAAAUGUGUAUGGAAGAUUGUAAAAGACUUCCCUCGAUGGGGCAAUGAAUUAAGAUGUGAACCAGUGUUAGCACGUGUACAUAAAUUCUUGAAUAUGUUUGAUUUAACAUAUUGGAAAAAUCAACAGUCGGAUGUUCCGCUGAAAACAUGCAAAACUGUGUUACACGUAAUGACAAAAUUACACCGUGAUAAAGUUUUGAAAGCACUGGAGAAUUCCGAGUUUCAAAGAGACUCCGAAAUGGUUGUGUACAUUCACAAACUUAUAAAGCAUUUGAAUAGCGAAUAUAGAUCUGUAAGUAGUAGAUAAAUAUAAAUAAUCAUACCAAGAAGAAUUAUCAUACAUAAUUUAUCUAAGUCGAAUUUCCAAAAAGUGAUCUGGUAAUAAGGAUUAUGUAUUUUUACCAUUUCCAUGAGGACUGAUGGUCCAUACAAAUUUUGUCAGUGAUUCUUAUUAAAUUUUACUAUAAAUACUUAUUUUUUUUUAAUUUUAUUUAUUAAAUGUAUU